AGUUGAUUUUAUCACAAAAACAUUUCUGUGUUGAAUUCAUUAUCAUAUUCCAGCUCUCCGUUUUAAAAACACACCCAUAAAUGUUUCCCAAUUUCGGUGAAGACAAUAGAUAUAAUCAAUAGUCUACAUCCUUAACGAUUGUGAAUACGAAAUAGUGAAGUCAAUUGUGCGAAUUGUGCAACUAAUAAGAUUAUACAACAAUAGCCAAAACACGAUUGAUGAAAGUUUAUCGCAUAUUUUUGACAGAUUUAAAAAGAAUUAGUGAUAUUUGGAAAUGACGCUUCAAAUUGUGAUUGAUAAUCCAGGAAUAUUUGCUCCAGGAGAUAUCGUGAAAGGAAAAGUUAUAUGCACAUUCCAUAGCCAAGAACGCAUUAGAGGAAUAAAAUGCAGAUUUCGAGGAGAAGAAGAAACUCAUUGGAUGCAAAGGAGAGGAAAAAAUAAUGUACGUUUCACUGGAAAAAAUACUAUCAUAUCUGCUAACAAUAAUUUCAUGGGUGAAGGUGACAUAAGACCUGGCCGAUACGAAUAUGCAUUUGCUUACGCUCUACCCACAGAAAACAUUCCAUCUUCAUAUACUCACGAAUUUGGCUCUAUUCUAUAUCAUAUUGAAGCAUUAGUCGAUCGGCCAUUUGCUUUCGAUUAUCGAAAAGAUGUCACAUUACAUGUUGUAGUACCUGUUUCGUUAAUACAGAGCAUGCUGCCAUUAAAGUACCAAGAAGAAAAAAGAGUAGGUUGUUGUUGUUGUAUUAGAGGUGUCAUAUCAUUGGAUAUCAUCCUAGAAAAAAAUACCUAUUUACUGGGAGAAACAGUAAGCUUCAAAAUACAUUUGGUUAAUGAAUCGGAUAUAGAAGUUGAAGGAUUAAAAAUAGAACUGACAAGGAAUGUGCAUUUCACAACUCAUAAACCUUCAACGCAGUAUAAAGUUGAGAAGCAUCCUAUAGCCACUACCGAAAGGGGUGGUGUACGUUCUAAAGGCCAAAAAACUUAUAACAUUGACAUGACCAUUCCAGAAAAUACUGUAACUUAUAAUUUCUCGAAAUGCCUUCUAUUUAAGGAGUGGUUUGCAGUAAAUGUUACAGCAGCCUUGCCAGUAUGUUAUUCAAAUUUAUUCCUUGAGGCAGCUUUUGAAGUGGGACACGUCAUUUUGAGAACGUCAAACCAAAUAGAAUCUUCGACAGUUGAAACAGAACCACAAAAUAACAUUACUCCAAUAGGACAAGCACCUCCAGAUAAUACCAAACAGCUUCCUCCAUCAUAUGACGAUGUAAUAAAACGGCGUUAACUAGUGUUUUCGUAAUUUAUCAAAUAACAAUCAUAAACUAUUAGGAAUAAAGACAAAAUUUCCAGUAAAACAAAAGUCGAAGAAAUGAAAGUACAGGAAGUGAAGUUACCAUAUAUACUGUGAAAGUUCUUUUAUUUUUUGUUUAAAAUAGGUCUCAAAUAAAUUAUUAAUCCCAA